AUGUCUGAAAGUAUAGCAUUUCGACCAAAGAAUUCUGCAAGUCAAACAAAACUUAUCAGUCAAUUAGAACGUCAAUUUACUACUAUUACACAAUUAUUAUAUACAACAAGUGUACCUGGUGCUUUACUCGAUCGACAAGUAUUACCUUAUAUCGCUGAUGAUAUUAUUUUUAAAGAUCCAUGGCAAGAAGGUGGCAAUAAACAACUCUAUAGAAUUGGAAUGAAGGGUUUUCAUAAUAUGUUUCAUUUUACAUUCGAUACCUUCCAAUUAAAUGUUAAAUUAAAUGAUGAUGGAAUGACAGGACGUUGUAUUGUUGAUGGUAUCAUGAAUUUACAACAAUUUUCAUGGAUUUAUACAUAUCCAUUACGUUCAAUAUUUGUUUAUGAAUUUCGUUUAAUAAAUAGUCAAAAUAUUGAUGAGCCACAAUUUGAAAUAUUUCGACAUGAAGAAAUGUGGUCGUUUGCGGAUAUGAUCGAUGGAAUACCUGGUGUUGGUUGGUUAUAUAAAAAUCUUUUUCGUCGUGGAUUUGGUUAUUUUUUUGUUGGUCUUUCAGCUAUAAGUUGUGUUGUUCAUGAUCGUCCAAUAAGAGAUAUUAAACAUCAACUUGCAUCAUUUGAUAUUGCAUUUAUCGACAAAAGUUUAUCAGGUGCUUGCGGACACACUGAUACAUGUGCAAAAAAUUUGAAAAUAUUAAAUAAAACAAAUGGAAUGUCUCCUAGUUUUACUCAACGAAAACAAUUUUAUGAAGUUUAUAAGAAUGAUUCAGAAAUGAACCAAGUCAAUAUUUUUAUGUGUUUUCAUCCUGUAGGAAUGUGUGAAUUAUUUAUGCCAUUUAAUCGAACAAUGAUUAUUAUUGCUUCAACUCGAUAUGAGUUAGGAAGACAUGAAAAAGAAGAAUGGGAAAAUCUGAAUAAUAAUCUUCGUAUUAUAGCUUCGAAUCCUCGGAAUAUCAUAGCUGGAAAUAAUUUAUAUGAUGCAGAAUAUAUUCGAUAUUUUACUGGAAUUAAAGCAAUUGUUUUAACAUCAUUAUGUGGUUAUACACGUGCGACAUAUUCGAGAAGAAAACAGAAACCUUUCCUUAUUGCACCUAUACGUAACGAAAUAUUUAGAACUUUAUUUAAGUCAAAUUUAACAAACUCACUGGAACGUUUAAAAGUAUCCAUAAAUGUAAAAUAUCUACGAGAAGUAUACAAACAUUAUUCAUAUCGUCAACUGGUUCAACAUCCUGCGAUAAUUUAUGUUCCAUAUCAAGUAUCAACUAUGAGUUUAUUUGAACAAUAUAGAAUGAAUAUUCCAUUAUUUUUUCCAUCACUUGAUCUUUUAACUGAAUGGCAUUAUAAUUAUCGUGUUGUUGGGGAACGAACUUGGAGUGGAACAUCAGGACAAUUCAAAAAUUCCUCGGCUAUAUCAGGUGUUUUAAGUUCUGAUAUUCCUGAUCCAAAUAAUGAAUUUGAUCGAAAUGCAAUACGUUAUUGGUUACAAUUUGCUGAUUUUUAUCAAUGGCCACAUAUAAUUCAUUUUAACUCUAUUGAUGAUCUUGCUAUAAAAUUAAUUAAUACGAAUCUAGCUGAAGUUAGUCAAAACAUGAAGAUAUACAAUGGAAAUUUAGCAAAAACUUUACAGAAUCAAUGGCGUGAAAUAUUUGAAAGAAUAAAAUAA